AUGGCGUCGUCAAGAGAUAAUUUGAAGGUUUACAUUCAAGUUACUCAAAAGAAAUCAGUCUCUGAAAACCCUAAAUCAUCAAAGAAGCAAAAAACAUCUUCAGCAGAAGAGAACAUAGAUGAACAAGAAAAUAUUAGCCGAAAAUCACCAAUGAAACAACAAAGAACUAGAAAACGCAAAGAUAUUUCAGACAAUGUUAAAAAACAAGAGGAAAAACAAAAAAGGAGAAGAAAGAAAGUGGUGAUAGAAUCAUCAGAAGAGACAGUUUCUGAUUCCAAUGAUAAAAAAUCUAGACGAGCUAUCGUUCUGCAUAAUUCCGAACAAGAAGUAAAUUCAGAUGAUGAUUUUGUUGAUCCACAACCAAGAGUUAACCCGACAAAAAAUCAAAAGAAGGAAAAGGCAGAAUCAAAACCAAAGAGAUCACAGAGGAAAGAUAAAACAAAAGAACAACCAGAACAACAACCAUAUUAUGAUUACGACGGAAAAAAAAUCAACAUAAGAUGUGCAGUCAAUAAUCUAAAAGAUUAUAUUGAAAGUUUGUCAAAGGAGCAAAGGAAUGCUGUAAGAGAAAUAGGGUUUAAGAGCAUACUAAAAUUCAAUCUGCAUUCAGUUCCACGCAAAUUCGGAUAUUGGCUGGUAAAAAACUUUGAUGCUGAAAAUAAUGAGAUAAAUACUGGAGUUGAAAAGAUUAAGAUCACAGCUGAAUUUAUCCAAAAGAUACUAUAUGCUUACAAAAAACAAGGAUUUGACGAUGCUGAAAACACUGAAGUGUUCUCUCUUGAUAAAAUUGACUCUACAACAUUACAAGAAUUUAAAGAUAAAUUGGAAAUUGCUGCGCAAAAUGAGGGGAGAUGUCUUAAUGAAAACGAAGAAAUUUUUGAAAAUGAAUCUGAAGAAAAUGAUGAAGACGAUGCUGCAGAACAACCAAUCACAUUACUUAAAGCUGCAACAGAGUGGAUUGAUCAAGAGAAUCAAGAAAAUGUUCAAAACAGCCCAAUUAAAACCAAUAAAACUGAGAAAACACAAACAGAAAGUGGAGGAUCAUGGGGCCAAUUCUUCAUUAAACCAUCAAUAGGAAAUAAAGAUAAAAUGCGGGUAGACAGUCAAAGCCGACUGCGUAAUUUCAUGCCAUCACAAAAUCAAAGUGAAGGUCUUUCUGACAUUCAUUCAACAAAAAGUGGCGAUGAAAAUAUGAAGAACAUUGAAGAUAAAAGAUCACAUGAAGAAUAUCUUGUGACUGUUUUGGAUGAUUAUUUAAAAGGAUUUGAAGAUAUUUUCGAAAACAUCUAA